AUGGAUCAGAAUGUGUCUGGCUUAGCGACGCCAGCGAUAGCGAAUGGUGCCAGCGCAAAGGAAGAUGCGCUCAAACAGCUUUCGGAGAUUGGAAAGGGAGAGGGUUCCAUCCUCUCACAACUCUUGGCCAAUCCCUUCUUCACUGCUGGUUUCGGCCUGGCAGGACUCGGAGCCAUUGUGAGAUAUGGAUCCAUGGGAUUGAGACAGGGAAGUGCACUGAUACAACGACGUCUGCUCGUGGACUUGGAGAUUACACGGCACGACAACUCUUAUGAUUGGGUUCUGAACUGGAUGACCCGACAUUACCAAGACCAGCUCUCUCAGUCAGGGACAAAGGCGAAGCCUGGAGUGUUGGAAUCACUGGCAAGACGACUCACACCUGGUUUGCAUCAUCUCCAGAUGACCACUACCACAUUCAAGACUGCCGGAGGAUCUCAAUCGACUGCUUUUUCUCUCAUUCCCGGACAAGGGAGACACAUUUUGCGAUACAAGAACGCCUUUAUCGCUGUAAAUAGACAGCGCGAAGGCAAGAGCUUCGACCAGAAUGGUAAGCCUUUUGAGACUAUAACACUCACUACCCUUUAUUACUUUCGCCAUAUAUUCGAGGACAUUUUCCGGGAAGCCCACGACAUGGCGUUGCAGAAUACAGAAGGCAAGACUGUCGUAUACACUACGCGUAACACAUCCUGGGACCAAUCGGGUGCUCCUAAACGAAGGCGUCCCUUUGACUCCGUCGUGCUAGAAGAAGGUCUCGCAGACAAGAUCAAAAAUGACGUGGUCGAAUUCAUGAACGCCCGAACUUGGUACCUGGACCGUGGAAUUCCCUAUCGUCGCGGAUACCUGCUUUAUGGUCCACCGGGAACAGGAAAGACAUCUUUCGUCCAAGCAUUAGCAGGCGAAUUAGACUUUAACAUUGCAAUGCUGAGUCUUAGUCAGCGUGGACUGACAGAUGAUCUCCUCAAUCAUCUGCUGCUGCAUGUUCCUGCCCGCACGAUUGUACUGCUAGAAGACGCAGAUGCAGCAUUUAGCAACCGGAGACAAAUGGAAAAUGACGGCUAUCAGGGCGCCAACGUAACAUACUCCGGCUUGCUAAAUGCGCUGGAUGGCGUGGCGAGUGCGGAGGAGCGCAUCAUCUUCAUGACAACCAACCACAUCGAUCGUCUAGACGAAGCGCUGAUCAGACCCGGAAGAGUAGACAUGACGCUCUACCUAGGUAAUGCCACGGAGUGGCAGAUGGCUCAGCUCUGGGAUCGAUUCUACUCCACGCAGGAUCCAGCAGGUGAAGGGCGGAAACGGUUCCUCCAAAGAGCCAAGGAGGCUGACCUGGUGGGCAAUGUUAGUACCGCCGCGCUGCAGGGACUGUUUCUGUAUAACAAGGGAGAUGUGGAGGGUGCUAUUGAGAUGGUGGAUCAGCUUAAAGGGGUCGAGCGGCGUGGACAAAGCGAGCAGGGCGCUUAG